AUUGAAAUUUCUUUGUAGCCUUAUGAUCUGUGGAGCUCAAUUUAUUGUCGGAAGAUGAAGCUGUUAGACCAAUUUGGCUUGGAAGGUUUGAGUUCGCAAUUAAGUAACGGUAGUAAAAGAUAUAAAAUUGAUGCCAGGCUAGAAAGCUAUUCAUGCAAAAUGGUUUCAGAAGAGAAACGUCAAUAUAAGGAAUUAGUUUCUCGUUUAAAUAGUGAUGAAAAUCAAGAAUCUCCUGUCCUUUACCUUGGGUCCUCGCAAACUCUACGGGAUUUAUAUGAAAUGACUGGACAAGUGGUCGAUCCCGAAACAAUUCGGAUGAGUAUCAUCCAGGAUCAGUCACCACCGAAUUCUUCCAGCCUCUCCCCUCCCAGAAAUGUAUGCAGCGGAAGAAAACGUACUCGAUCUGAAACAUCUAUAUGUUUGAAUGAUAGUACUUCAGAAUCACCGUCUCCGAAGUUCCCAACCUCAGCUCUAUCAACCAAAGAUUUGUUCUGUUUAAUGAGUACAUUAAAUAGCUGUUUUGGCCCUGCCUAUGAUUUCCUUACUGCUAGAAGUGAUGAAUUUUGUUUGGAACCUGAACUAUGGCUUGUAAAACACUACAUUUCUCGGUUCUGUUCCAUUUAUGUGGAUAAAUACGAAGAUCUAGCACCUCAUCUUUGGAAAGUCAUCGGUGAUGAAAUUGUGCCUGCUCAAUGUCGUAUAUAUAGUUAUCGUCCUGAUCAUCUAUCCGAUCCAUACAGCUCAGGAUGUUUAGCAUCUUUCAAUUAUUUUUUUCAUAAUCGAUGCUUACGUCGUGUAUUAUUCUUUUCUCUUCGUGUAUUAAAUGAUUCACUCGUAGAUGAUGAUGAAGAUGAACUAACUGAAUCCCACUUAUACUAAAGAAAUUGGAAUGAUCUUAGUUGUUUAUUUGUAAACUUAUUCUCUUCAGGAAUGACUAAAAACUGUUUACGAUGAUUUGUCGAUACUUAUAUUAUAUGACUUUCCAUAAUUCUAUCAAUCACCUAUAAGCAGAGAUACACGUAUAGUUUAUUAUACGUACUCGUAAGGAAGUUAUAUUUUUAUCAUCACCAUUAUACAUACAUACCGCAUUAUAUUGAUUCAUCCCAUAUUUCAGGGUUUUUGCAUUUAUAGUUUUUAUAUUCCUCAAAAUAUAUUUCAUUGUACUAACAACCAUAAUACAUGAAAUGUUUUAGAAUUCCCUAUCAUUUUACCUGUAUUCACACACGACCAACAUGUUAAUAUUUAUAAUUAAUCACUUAGUUUAUCAAAUAACUUUCAUGUACAUAUUCUUUUUGUGACAAUACAAAUCUCUCCUACACAAAGCUUAUUAUUUAAAUGUAUUUUUUUACACAGAACUUUUCCAUUAUAAAUCUGUAAUAGUUUGUGUUCUAUUGAUGACCGAUAUAAGUAGGAUGUGUCACCGAUCGAAAUUGGAAUGUUUGGCUGCAGAAGAUUGAGAAGAUCGAAGAGGCGAGAACGAGAACAGAGUUAUUGGUGCGGAAACGAAGGAACAGUAACGUCUGAGACAAUCGAUAGACAUCUUGCAAAUGAAGUAUUUACUAUAUGGUUCUCAGAUUUUCCUAACAGAUUCUGUAAAUUUGUGUUCAAAUACAUUUGUUUGUCCCCGC